AGUCUGUCUGAAGUCACUUUCGGAGGAACCGUGAACAAACGCUGCUGUAAAGUCAUUGUCUGAUAAAGGAGCGAGUCAUAAAGCAGCUGCAGCGUGGAGUCUGAGGAGAGAAAUUCAUGUUCAGUGAAGAUCCUCACAACAAUCACACAUUCAGCAAUUCAGCAGUAAAAGCUGGAAUAUCUCCAUCAGUUCACAAGAGAACACCAGCAUCUAAUCAUCAGGAAGAAAUCUGUAAAGACUGAGUUUAUUAAAGAGGACAGAGAGAAGAUGAGAGAUCCAGAGCCCUGCAGAAUCAAACACACUGAAGAUACUGAAGAACUAACAGAGUUGAUUGAAGAAAAUGAGAAGAAUGAAGAAUUGAGUGAAGUUGAGGGAAAAAAUCAUGUUCACAUGAGAGUUCAUACUGGAGAGAAACCAUUCACAUGUGAUUGCGGGAAGAGUUUCUCAUACUCAUCAAACCUUAAGAAACACAGGAACAUCCACACUGGAGAGAAACCACACACAUGUGAUCAGUGCCGCAAAACAUUUUUGAGGGCUUCAGACCUGAAGCAGCACCUGAGAGUUCAUACAAAGGAGAAGCCACAUUCAUGUAAUUUGUGUGGAAAGAGUUUUUCAUUACUACAAAGUUUGAAAGUGCAUCAGAAAAUACAUUCUGCUGUGAAAGAGUACAUGUGCUUUGAGUGUGAGAAGACUUUUACUACAGCGAGCAGUUUAAAACAGCAUGAGAGGAUUCACACUGGAGAGAAACCUUAUACAUGUGAUCAGUGCGGCAAUAGUUUCAAACAAAAAGGAGACCUUACGGCACACAUGAGAGUUCAUACUGGAGAGAAACCGUUCACUUGUGAUCAGUGCGGGAAGAGUUUCUCACAAUCAUCAACCCUUAAGGUACACAAGAACAUUCACACUAGAGAGAAACUGUACACAUGUGAUCAAUGUGGCAAAACAUUUUUGAGUGCUUCAAACCUGACAACACACCUUAAAGUGCAUUUAAAGGAGAAGCCACAUUCAUGUCAUUUCUGUGGAAAGAGUUUUUCACGUCUACAAAAUUUGAAAGAACAUCAGAAAAUACAUACUGGUGUGAGAGAGUACAUGUGCUUUGAGUGUGAGAAGACUUUUACAUCAGCGAGCCGUUUAAAACUGCAUGAGAGGAUCCACACUGGAGAGAAACCAUACAAGUGUUCACACUGUGACAAGAGAUACAGUCGGUCAUCAAGUCUGAAAAAACAUGAGAGGAUCCACACUGAAGAGAAUCUGUACAAAUGUUCACACUGCGACAAGAGAUUCAGUCAUAAAGGAAAUCUG